UACAAUCCGUACUCAGCCUCUGCUGCAGUAGUCGGGAGAGCCAUGGCCUUCUCUCCCUCGGCACCUUCACCUUCCACCCCGCCGCUGCAGCUCCCUCACAGAUUGGACACCAUACGAUCCAUGGACGAGCUCAAGCAAAUCCAAGCCGCCGUCCUCAAGACUCCCUCCCUCCAAUCUCCUCCGGUCCUCGCAAAGAUCCUCUCCUUCUGUGCUCUCUCCUCCUCCCCACACAUCGCCCACGCCCGGUCCCUCCUUGCCCACAUCGAUAACCCGAGCCUGCUCAUGUACAACACCGUCUUCCACAGCUUGUCCCGUAGCAACAGAAGCUUGGUCUCCAUUUCCAUAAUGUUCUACGAGGACAUGCUCGAAAAGGACCUUCGUCCUGACAGUUUUACCUUCCCUUACCUUCUCAAGCUCUUCGCCAAUUCCCAAGCAUUGCAGGCGGGGGAAGCCCUUCAUGCUCAUGCCAUCAAGAUGGGGCUCGACGCCAAUGUGUACGUUAGGAACAACCUCAUGAGCUUGUAUGCUGUUUGUGGGGAGGUCCGUUCCAUACAAAAGUUGUUCGAUGGAUUUCCUGAGAAAGACUUGGUCUCUUGGACUACUUUGAUCUCAGGGUAUACGAAGGCGGGUUUGGCAAAGAAGGCGGUAAAAGUGUUCGAAGAAAUGAUGAGUGAGAACUUGAGAGCGGAUGGGGUGACCAUGGUGGCAGUGCUGUCGGCUUGUGCGGAACUCGGGGACUUGGAACUGGGGAGGAAUCUGCACCGGUACAUCGGUGCCCGUCAGAUCGACAUGGAUGUCUUCGUCGGCAAUGCUUUGGUGGACAUGUACUCCAAGUGUGGGGACGUCGAUUCGGCUUACCAGUUGUUCAACGAAAUGCCUGUGAGGAAUGUCGUCUCCUGGAACUCCAUUAUCUCCGGGCUUGUUAACAAUAAGGAAUUCAAGCAGGCUUUGGAGUUGUUUCGCCAAAUGCAGCGCCAAGGCAUCGAGCCCGACCCCUUCACGUUGGUCGGGGCGCUCAACUCGUGCGCGAGCCUCGGAGCGCUCGAGCUGGGCCAGUGGGUUCAUGCCUACAUCAACAGGAACGGCAUCGAGGCGGACGGAAUCACGGGGAACGCCUUGGUCGACAUGUACUCCAAAUGUGGAAGGAUAGAUCGGGCAAAGGAAGUCUUCGGCGGCAUGGCUCACAAAGACGUGUACACCUACACCAGCAUGAUCGUGGGGCUUGCCAUGCACGGCCGGGGAGAGGAGGCGUUGGAACUCUUCGCCGCCAUGUCGUCAGCCGGCGUGAAGCCAAAUGAAGUCACGUUCGUCGGCGUCCUGUCGGCGUGCAGCCACGCCGGCUUGGUCGACGUCGGCCUCCGCCACUUCGAGAGCAUGUCCGCGGUGUACGGCCUCGUACCGCAGAUCGAGCACUACGGUUGCGUGGUCGACAUGUUCGGACGAGCAGGGCGGCUCGACAAAGCACAAGACCUAAUCUCGAGCAUGCCGAUGGAGCCCGACGCCUUCAUCUGGGGGUCUCUGCUAGGAGCUUGCAGGAACCACGGAGACGUAGCACUGGGUGAGACCGUGGCGAAACUCCUCCUCGAUGUCGAGCCUCAAGAGGAGGGAGCUUAUGUCCUCAUGUCCAACCUCUACACCGCUGGAAAUCGCCGCAGCGACGGACUCCGGAUGAGGAAAGCAAUGAGGGCGAACAAGGUGAGGAAGACGCCGGGAUGCAGCCUGAUUGAGAUAGACGGCGUGAUUCACGAGUUCAGGAAGGGAGAGGAGUUGCAUCCACAGGCGAAAGAGGUAUACGCAAUGGUGGAUGAGUUCGCCCAUCGCCUCAACAUCGACUCUUCACAGGACGAAGCACGUCACCACAGCGAGAGGUUGGCCAUGGCAUUCGGAUUGAUCGGUUCGAGGCCCGACACGCCACUGAGGAUCGUCAAGAACCUCCGAGUGUGCCAUGAUUGCCACAGUGUGAUCAAGUACGUGUCCAGAUUGUACAACAGGGAGAUCGUCCUCAGGGAUCGCUACAGGUUUCAUCGGUUCAAGAAUGGGUGGUGUUCAUGUAAUGAGUUUUGGUAAACAGCAGGUAAUAGAAAACGAUGGAGAUGAAGUAAUAUACACAUUACCGCCGCAGAAGAGGCGGGUCA